AUGAAUUCGAAAAAGUUGAAUAUUGGUCCCAAAGAUAUAAUCAACAGUCUACCAGAAGCUCUUAUUUACCACAUAUUGUCGUUCCUUUCAACUAAAGAAGCUGCUAUAACAUCGCUUCUCUCGAGAAAAUGGCGGUAUUUCUUUGCUUUCGUACCCAAUCUUGAUUUUGAUGAUCCGGUACGUAUGCAACCUGAUAUGGGUAACCAAGAAGAGACUGAGAUUCAUACGAGUUUUAUGGAUUUCGUGGAUAGAGUACUGGCUUUGAGGGGAAAUUCCCAUGUAAACAAAUUCUCUUUAAAGUGUGGAAAUGGUGUUGACGGUGUUGGUGUCACGCGUUGGAUAUUGAAUACGUUGGAGCUUAGUGUAUCGGAACUUGAUUUAAGCAUUGCAUCAGAUACGACUUAUCUGUUUCCUUCAAAAGUAUUUGUGAGCAAGUCACUGGUUAGGCUGAGAAUAGAGGCUAGAAAUGGUCUCGCCUUUGGAAGUCUCGUCAUUGACGUGGGAGAUGUUUCCCUUCCAAAGCUCAAGACUCUCUAUCUUGAUUCGGUUGAGUUAGAUUACCAGAUAAUUUGUUUGGCUAAGCUUCUUUCUGGUUGUCAUGUGCUUGAGGAAUUAGUUAUGAUUGAUGUGGUGUGGAAUUUUUGGGAGUCUUGCUCUGCGUCUAUCCCAACCCUCAAGAGACUAACGUUUUUUACCGAGGAGGGUUGGAACAACCCACCACCGAGUGUCACAUUUGAUAAUCCGGCUCUUGUCUACUUUGAAUAUACCGAUACUGUUGCAUUAAAGUAUGAAAAAGUGAAUUUCGAUUCGCUUGUUGAAGCUAGGCUCGGUCUUCGAGUGGGAUAUGAAGAGUCAGAAAAUCCAAUACAAGUCCCUUUUGGCUUCCCCUUCCCACUUAUAGAAUAUGCUAUGGUCGGUGAUGCAACUGAUCUACUUAUGGGAAUACGCAAUGUUCAGGUUCUUUACUUAUAUGCGAGCACUGUUGAGGUACUUACAUUCCGCUGCAAAGCAAUACCGAUAUUCAACAACCUGACUCGUUUAACCAUUGAAAGUAACACAAAAGUUGGAUGGGAUUCAUUGCCGAAUCUGCUCAAGAAUUGUCCAAAUCUAAAAACCCUCGUCUUCCAAGGACUCCUCCACAAAGCUACGGAUAGAUGUGGAGACAUGUGCCCGUGCAAACCUCCGGAGAAUAUUCAUACUUGCCUAUCAUCAAGUCCGGUGAAGGUUCUAGAGAUAUUGAAGUUUGGGGAAAUUAAUGACAAGACAGAAUUAGAGCAAACCAAGCACUUCUUGGAGUUAAUGCCGCAUCUUGAACAGCUCAAUAUAUACUACGAUACAUCAGUUGACGAUAACCUUGUUAAAGUAUCCAAGCAACUUCAGGAAAUUCCUGGAGUAGCUUCAGCAAAGUGCAAGGUCCAAGUAAUCUCCGAUAACCUCACCUUGUCAGUUACUUUACCCUCUUCCUCAUCGAUUUAAUGGAUUGCUCUUAUUUUUUAGAAGAAUCUUUAUAUUUCAGGCUUCUUAGGUCUAAAACUGAAAACCAAGUUUCUCUUGUUUCAGCCUUUUAUUCUUACUUUGGU